AUGGACAAGAAGGAUCCCGCUGUCGGCACUGGACUCGUUGGCGCCCCAGCAUGCGGCGACGUUAUGAAGCUGCAGAUUCGAGUUGACGAGGCCACGGGAACCAUUACUGAUGCCAAAUUCAAGACGUUUGGAUGCGGUUCCGCAAUCGCAAGCUCGAGUUAUUUGACCGAGUUGGUCAAGGGGAUGCGAUUGGAGGAUGCAUCCAAGAUCCGUAAUGUCGACAUAUCAAAGGAACUCUGCCUGCCACCCGUUAAGCUUCACUGCUCCAUGCUCGCAGAAGAUGCCAUCAAGGCUGCCAUUGCCGACUAUCACGGCAAGAACCCCAAGGCCAAGAUUACCGAUCUCGCCGGCACCGCCAAGACGAUCAGAGAGACCAUGCAGCAAGCUGCGUAA